AUGGCUGCAGGGACCCUGGCCCGGUCGGCAUCGCCUCCUCCCAGUUCUCAUCAGCUGUGCACCCCUCAGACCCCGUCCCAUUCGUGCCGAUUGAACUUCAGUGUUGACACCAGUAUGAGAGAAGAGAGGCUAGCAGAGGCAGGGGGAAAUUUGGAGGAGAAUGGAAGACAGCCUGCAAAGUUGGCACCCAACCCAGUAGAUAAUGUGGGGCUGCUCUCCUUCACCACAUUUCCCUGGUUCACACUGGUGGUGAAGAAAAGCUACUGGCAAAAGCGGAUUGUGGACACUCUGCCCCUGUUGUCAACAUAUGACUCAUCCGACCACAAUGUCCAAAGAUUUCUAGUCCUUUGGGUUGAAAGGAUAGGUACUGAGAAGGCCUCUUUGGGCCAUAUGGUCUGGAAAUUCCAGAGGACUCGCUUGUUGAUGAACAUCGUGGCCAAUAUCACGUGCAUCAUCACAGAAACCAUAGGGCCACCAGUUUUCAUUCACAAAACCCUCCAGCUGACUGAGAGAACAUCUGAAAAAGUCUGGGUUGUCAGUGGCCUGUGUAUAGCCCUUGUUGCCACUGAGUUUACCAAAGGCUUCUCAGCUUUUGCCUAGGCCAUCAACUACCGCACGGCUGUCUGGUUGGAGGUGGUGCUCUCCACCCCGGUUUUCGAAAACCUGGUGUCCCUCAAGACAUUGACACACAUCUCUGUUGGUGAGGUGCUCGAUAUACUGUCAAGCAAUAGCUAUUCCUUAUUUGAAGCUGCCUUGUUUUGUCUCUUGCCAGCCACCAUCCUGAUGCUAAUGGCCUUUUGUGCAGGUGCCUUUUUCAUUCCAGGGCCCACAGCUCUCACAGCAAUAACCAUGUAUGUCCUAUGCAUAGUUAUUCAGAUGUUUAUGGCCAAGCUCAAUUCAGCUUUCCGAAGGUCAGCAAUUUUGGUGGCAGACAAGCGAGUUCAGACAAUGAAUGAGUUUCUGAUCAGCAUCACAAUCAAAAUGUAUGCCUGGGAGAAAUCUUUUACCAACACUAUCCAAGACAUAAAAAGAAGGGAAAGAAAAUUACUGGAAAAAGCUGGAUUUGUCCAAAGCGGAAAUUGUGCUCUGGCUCCCUUCAUGUCCUCCAUAGCCAUCGUGCUGACAUUCUGCCACAUCCUCCGGAGAUGCAAGCUCGUCGCACCCGUAGCAUUUAGUAUGAUUGCCAUGUUUAAUGUAAUAAAGUUUGCCAUUGAAAUUUUGCCCUCCUGAGUAAAAGCAAUGGCUGAAGCCAAUGUCUCUCUAAGCAGAAUGAAGAAAAUUCUCAUAGAUAAAAGCCCUCCAUCUUACAUUACCCAACCGGAAGACCUAGAUAUUGUGUCACUUGUAGCAAAUGCCACCUUGACAUAACAUGAAGCCAGCAGGAAAAGUGACCCAAAGAAAGUGCAGAACCUGAAGAGGCAUUUAUUCAAGAAACAGCAGUCAGAGGCAUUCAGUGAGUGGAGUCCAGCAGCCAAAGGAGCCACUGCCCAUGUAAGCCUUGUGGUGAGAAAGGGGAAGAUCUUGGGAAUAUGUGGGAAUGUGGGAAGUGGAAAGAGCUCUCUCCUUGCAGCUGUCCUAGGACAGAUGCCCCUGCGCGAAGGGGUGGUGGCAGUCCGUGGAACUUUGGCCUACGUUCCACAGCAGGCGUGGAUCUUUCAUGGAAAUGUGAGAAAAAGCCUACUAUUUGGAGAAAAGUAUGAUCACAAAAGAUCCACAAAGACACUGGUUGUCUUCUUCCUGAGCCAAGCAUUCAGGAGAGGCAGCUUCUGCAGACCUGCGACUGCACGCUGGGAACAGGAUAGAAUUGGCACUUCAUUCCCAGGGCAGAGGAGCAUAUGUUCCGAGAUUGGGGAGCGGGGCCUCAACCUCUCCAGGGAGCAGAGGCAGCAGAUUAGCCUGGCCCACAUUGUCUACUCUGACCAUCAGCUCUACCUACUGGAUGACCCCCUGUAGGCCGUGGAUGCCCACUUGGGGAAGCACGUCUUUGAGGAACACAUUAAGAAUGCUCGGGGGAAGACGAUCGUCCUGGUGACCCACCAGCUGCAGUUCUUACAGUCCUGUGAUGAAGUUACUUUGUUAGAAGAUGGAGAUAUUUGUGAAAUGGAAAGCCACAAGGAGUUAAUGGAGGAGGGAGGGCAUUACAAACUGAUUCACAACCCUCGAGGAUUGCAGUUCAAGGAUCCUGAACACCUUUAUAAUGCAGCAAUGGAAGAAGCCUUCAAGGAGAACGCUGCCAAGAGAGAGGAAGAUGCUGUUUUGGCUCUCUGAAAUGAGAAAGAUGAAGGAAAAGAAUCUGAAACACACUCAGAAUUUGUAGACACCACAGUUCCUGUGCACCAGCUCAUCCAGACUGAAUCCCCCUAGGAAGGAACUGUCACCUGGAAAACAUGUCACAAAUACAUUAAGGCUUCUGGAGGGUACCUCCCUUCUCUCAUCACUGUGUUCCUCUUCCUCCUGAUGAUCGGCAGCUCUGCGUUCACACACAGAGCAGAGAAAAAUGAAACUGCCAAUUUCUCGAGUCGAGGAGAUGCCCUCUCCCCAGAAAUGCUGGCAAAAUUGUGUGUUCUCACUGGGCAGCACGGAGCCACAGAUGCUUUGAAGCCUCUGAGAGCCACUUGUAUUCACUGGGUGACCUGUGGGCCCCAGGGCAACAGGACCACGUGUGAGGUUGGCGCACUGCUGGCGGGCAUUGGGCAGCAUGUGUACCAGUGGGUGUAUGCUGCAAGCAUGGUGUCCGUGCUGGUGUUUGGUGACACCAAAGGCUUUACUUUCACCAGGGUCACACUGAUGGCAUUCUUCUCACUGUAUGACAUGGUGUUUGAUAAGAUCUUAAAGAGCCUAGUGAGCUUCUUUGACAUGACACCUACUGGCGGGGUAAUGAACCGUUUUUCCAAGGAUAUGGACGAGUUGGAUGUGAGGCUGCCGUUUCACACAGAGGACUUUCUACAGCAGUUUUCUAUGGUGGUGUUUAUUCUCAUAAUGUUGGCUGCCGUGUUACCUAAUUUCCUUAUAGUUGUGGCAGGAAAAGUUGGGGGUUUCAUUUUGAUUUACAUUUUCCACAGAGGAGUCCAAAACCUCAAGAAGGUGGAGAAAGUCAGUUGGUCACCCUGGUUCUCCCACGUCUCCUUCUCUGCGGAGGGCCUGGGCAUCAUUCACGCCUAUGGCAAGAAGGAGAACUAUAUCACCAAGUGAGCACUGUUGUUCCAUGCUGUCCUGAAAUGGUUAGUGCUGAGAAUGGGUGUCCUCAUGAACAUCCUCACCUUCACUGUGGUCUUGAUUGUGACCCUGAAUUUCUCCUCCCUCACUGCUUCAUCCAAAGGCCUGUUAUUGUUAUACAUCAUCUAGCUGAAUGGACUGCUCCCAGUGUGUGUGCAAAUAGGAACAGAGACCCUAGACAAAUUCACCUCUGUGGAGCUGCUCAGGGAUACAUUUCGGUAAGAAAUUAAUACCUGUGUUCCUGAAUGCACUUAUCCCCUCACAGUGGAGACUUGUUCCAAAGACUGGCAGCGAGGGGAGAUCACAUUUAAAGGCUAUCAGAUGAGAUGCAGAGACGACACCCUUGUUCUUGACAGCCUGAACUUGAACAUACAAAGUGGGCAGACAGUCGGGAUUGUUGGAAGACCAGGUUCUAGGAAGUCAUCGUUAGGAAUGGCCUUGUUUCGUCUGGUGGAGCCAGCCAGUGGCACAAUCUUCAUUGAUGAGGUGGGUAUCUGUACUGUCAGUGUGGAGGACCUCAGAACCAAGCUGACUGUGACCCCACAGGAUCCUGUCGUGUUUUUAGGCACCGCAAGGUCCAACUUGGAUCCCUUUGAGAGUCACACCGAGAUGCUCUGGCAGGUUCUGGAAAGAUUGUUCAUGAGAGACACAAUAAUGAAACUCCCAGAAAAAUGAUAGGCAGAAGUCGCAGAAAAUGGAGAAAACUUCUCAGUAGGGGAAUGUCAGCUGCUUUGUGUGGCCUGAGCUCUUCUUCGUAAUUCACAGAUCAUUCUCCUUGAUGAAGACGCCACCGCCUCCAUGGACUCCAAGACUGACGCCCUGGUUCAGAACACCAUCAAAGAUGCCUUCAAAGCCUGCAAGGUGCUGACCAUCACCCACUGCCUCAACUUGGUUCUCAACUGCAAUCACAUCCUGGAAGAUGGGAAGGUGAUUGAGUUUGACAAGCCUAAAAUCCUUACAGAGAAGCCAGAUUCUGCAUUUGCGAUGUUACUAGCAGCAGAAGAUAUUGCAGGAGUUCUGGCGGCAGAUUCUAGAGGAGGAAGAGGCUCUGGUCCUGAGCAGCUGCUCCCAGCUGGCUGUAGGCGUCACCUUUAUGGACAUCCAAUAACUUCCCCAAUAUGGCAAGCAGACUUGACAGUCUGUGCUGACUGUGGGACUCCAUACCAGUUGUGCAAUCCAUACCAGCUGUCAGGGAGGGAUGCUUUAUUUUCUACCAACUUGACACCAGCCCCAGACAAUCUGUCUGUGAUUUCAAGAGGUGAUGUUUCCAUGAGGACAGCAGACAAGCUACAGUGA